ACUGACUACUCUCAGCUGGAGAGUUACUUCUCAGAAAGACACUAGGGCUAUUUAUUGCUAAGCGCUGGCCAUUGAUGAUGUGAAAAUAAUUUAGCCAGAUAUAGAGAUUCCGUGGAAUUGCUGCUUCUGCAACAAGAGAUUAUAGCUGGGCUAUAACCCUAACACACAGGAGAUUGAGGGGGGAGGACCAAGAGUACGAAGACUGUUGGGCUUUGUGAGGCUCUUUCUCAAAAGAUUGAUUUGAGGAUCUAGGUCCUGCUUGAACUGUAUCAGUGGAGAAAUCAGACUGUUGACUGGACAUGGCAGUUCCUCUUCCUGUGAGGCCGCUGAAAUGUGAUAAGGGGGAGAAGGCGCGGUAGAAGUCAUUCUCCCUGUGUGUCGUCCCAUCUGGCUUUGUCACCAGCCUCCUACAAGGUUGCAGCCACAGGGGGAGACGCCAUGACUGGGACACUGUCAGCAUUCCUCUGCUUUGGACUGACUCUGGGCCUCAGGAACUCAGUGCUCACAUGGAGACUCCCAAAGCCUUUGAUCCGGGCUGAGCCAGGAUCUGUGGUUACCAAUGGAUCCAGAGUGACCAUCUUAUGUGAGGGGACCUCAGGUGCUCAGAGUUACUACCUUUACCAAGAUGGAAAACCAGGUUCCUGGUACAGAAUGACUUUGAUGAAGCCUGGAAACAUGGCCAAGUUCCUCAUCCCUUUUACUGAAAGGUCCCACGCUGGGCGUUAUCUGUGUUUAUAUCACAAGCUUCAUGGUUUGUCAGAGAAGAGUGAUACUCUGGAGUUGGUGGUGACAGGGUACUACACAAAGCCCAUACUAUCAGCCCUGACAAGCCUUGUGGUUACUUCAGGAGAGAACAUGACCUUCCAGUGUGUCUCCUGGGAGAGAUAUAACAGCUUUAUUCUGACAAAGGAAGAUGAGAAGUUCUCCAGGCCCCAGGACUCACAGUAUAUAAACUCUACCGGGCAUUCCCAGGCUCUUUUCCAUAUAGGCUCUGUGACGGUCAGUCAUAGAGGAAUGUUUCGAUGUUAUGGAUACAAAAAUAGUACCUAUAUGUGGUCUGAACCCAGCGACCCCCUGGAAAUACACAUUGCAGGACAACUUAAGGUGGCACCUACCCUCUUAGUGCACCCAGGCUCCAUAGUGUCCUCUGGAGAGAAUGUGAUCCUGCUGUGUCAAUCAUGGCGACAAAUGGACACCUUCCUUCUGUCUAAAGAGGGGACUGCCCAUCCACCCCUGUGUUUAAGAUCAGUGUUGCAAACUGGGCUGUACCAGGCAAAAUUCUCCUUGACGAAUGUGACCUUUGCUUAUGGGGGCACCUACAAGUGCUACAGUUCUGAAGACUCAUCCCCCUACAUGUUGUCACAACCCAGUAACCCCGUGGAGCUUGUGGUCUCAGAAUUCUCUGGAGACCCCAACUCCUCACUCCAAGAGCCCAUCCCAACAUAUGGAGUUGAAAGGCACCUGAAUGUUCUCUUUGUGAUAGCUGUGACUUUACUUCUGUUGCUUUUUCUUCUCACCCUCCUCCUUCUCCAAUGUAAGCAUCAAGAUAAACGGAGGAAAAAAGCCCAGAGAGAGACCAUUAGAUUACAACUUCUUACAGAAUCUGCGAAGCCAGUGACUAGGGACAGAGGUACUCAGAAGAGUUCGAUUUCAGCUGCUGCCAUCCAUGAAGAAAACCUGUGCAAGAGCAAGACAAUCCUGGAGAGAGAGAUGUCCAAGGUCUCAGUUCACAGGGCUACUGGAGAGGUUCUGGGGUCCAAACUCUGAGGAACCAAACCCUCACUGUGGACCCAGGGCUUUUCUACCCAUCUUAUGCUUCACACACAGCCUGAGGAUGAUGGGGAUCUUGACCAAUGGAUGAAGUCCCUGUCUCCAUCUGUAGUUAGAAGACUUGGAGCCCAAGUUAGCCUAGAGGACCUUUUAUUGUUCUCUCUCUCUUGUGAUUUAGCAACAUCCAGAGAUGACUCUUCCCUUCUGCAAGCACCUGACAACUGGGUGCUCUGGUCUCGCUCUCCAGGUUUUCCCAGGACCACAUUUCUCCUCCUUUCUUUCCCUUUCUGGCUUCUUGGCAUCUGUCUGUUUGUUACCAUGCUCCUGGGGAUCUCAGAAGGUCACACGAAUAAAUGAGGCCAGAUGCUCCCAAUACCUCUGUUCACUCACUCACCCAGCUGUCACAGGAAACACCAUCUAGACCAGGCUCUCUUCAGGAGUCACAGUUAGAGCAAAGAGCAAACUCACUAGCUAUGAAGAGACAACAUGGUAAUAAAUGCACAAUGUAUGUAGUACAAAGCAGAGCAAGGGGAAGAGUACUUAUGGCAAUGAACACCCUGUGAACCAUGAGGCGUGACUGAAAUGUGCCAUCUGAGGGGAAGAGGGACUGUAAAGGUCCACAGAGACAUCUAAAAGACCUGGACCUGCAGCAGGAAGACAGGGUGAGUGAUUGGAGGCAAGACAGCAAGGUUAAGAACAUCAGGAUUAAAGGUCCCAUGGUAGGGGUUCCCAAGACCCAACAGGAAAAACAGGAAGCAGCCUGUAAGCUGGUCAGUGUGUUGACUGUAGGUGCAACCAUACCCCUUCUCUUCUGCGACCGCCUUUCCUGCCUCUUCCUCCCCAUUCCAGCUUUAAACCCCACUCCCUAGGAAAUAGCCAACCAGAAUGUAGUUCACUGUGUAUGGAGACAAAGAAGAUGAAGAUGUGUAAAAGUUCUGUUCUAUAUACUUGACUCCCUGGCUCUGAGGACCAAUCCCACAGAGAGUGUGCUAGAACAUAAUAAAGGGUACUUCAUGCAAAA